GUAUGUAGCACAAGAGAAGAAAAUCAAAUACAUAAGUUUAGUUGAGCUAACAACAAAUGGCUACCCCUACUACACCCACAACCGUCACGCUUUCAAAUCAGAGCGGUGACACUGCAAUGUUGGUUUCGUCGACCUAUCAAGGCGUUCCUAACGUGAUUAAGAGCUUUCAAACGAUUUUAUUCCAGCAGAAUACAUCGCUCAAUACUUUCGGAUCUGCUAUGUAUGCUAUGGGAAAUAUAGCCACAUGGGUCGUUGUUUGGACUGCUAAUAAUCAAGUGGCUACCUCGAUCCUUCCUGCUGGUACCAAUGUUAUUUGGGAAGAAAUCUGGAGCACCAUUCGACCAGACAAAGUCGAAAGUUCAUACACCACGAGCUACGGUUGGGAAUACAAUUCAGAAGUACAAAUCAGUUCUAAUGGUGAUGCUCAAACCUUAACCGCCAAAAUCUCUACUAUUCCAACAAAUUAAGCUAUGCUAUGCUUUGCUUAAUUACUUUUUACUGCAAUCCCCGGUGUGUUGGUGAGGCUGUCCAAACUAAAAUAA